AUGAGCAAGGAGGAUGAACCUCUGUCCCCCAAAUCUGAGAAGAGUUCCCCUACACCACAGUCUUUAUGGGAUCGCAUUUACACAGAAGAGGUCUCCUCGUGUCUAUCGUACCUCAUUUUCCUUGGAUUUGCCGUUACAGCAUGUCGUGUGGUAUUAGCACCUAUCCACGAACGAAACUAUAACGUCUCCUCCGAAGAAGGAAACUACAACGUCUCAUCCGAAGAAAUUUCUUUACUUACACCACAAGAUUAUGCUAGCAAUUUUUAUACAAUAGGACUUAUCAUCGCUAUCGGUGUUGUAACGGGUUAUGUAGCACAACUGGUUUAUCUUCCUAGCUUACUAGGUACGUUAUUCAAUUCCUUUCCUUCGCUUGAUAUCUGA